AUGUGCUCUUCAUUUACUUCCAACUCGGCCAGGAUGACCUUCCCUGGCUGGAUAGUUGCUCUCGUGGUACCACCGCUAUUGCUGCUCAGAUCUCGUCCCCUUCCCUCACGUGAAACAGUAAUCCCUCCGAAUCAAGAGCGCGUCCUCCUUCUCGGUGCGAGCUCUGGUGUCGGCAAAGACCUCGCUUUGGCGUAUGCUCGUAAGGGCGCCAAGCUGUUCUUGGUGGCAAGGAGAGAAGACGCUUUGCAGAGUGUGAAGGAGGAGUGUCUGAGUGUGGGCGGAGAGGGUGUAGAAGUGCUCGUCUUCGCCGGAGAUGUGACGAAUGCCGAAGACUUGGUUGCAGCUCGCGACAUGCUCGUAAAGGCAUGGCAAGGAGUCGACACAGUUCACAUCCUCGCCGGCCUUCCUUCAACCUCUCAACUCUUGGAGCUCGGGGGUGUUUCUCUCGACCGCUCUACCCCCGAGAACUCUCCUCCCUCGGGAGCUGCACUCGCAUAUAGCUCGUCCGAGGGACCAAGUCUGGAUGGCUUGAAGGCCAUAGAACACGAGGCCAAAGCUGUAUCUCAUGUCAACUAUCUGGGAACUGUCUUGUCUUUGAGCUGUUUCCUUCCUGUUUUGGCAUCGUCUUCAAAGUCUCCCGUCCUGCACCACCUUUCCUCCGUCGCUGCGACUGUACCCGCCCCUCACCGCGUCAUCUACGCAGCUACUAAAGCGGCCGCUCUGCAGGCUGUCGAGAGCGCCAGAGUCGAAUGCGAAGGCUGUGGUGUGCGAUUCUUCUCUUUGUGUCCGGGGACUAUCGACAAUGACUUUAGACUCAAGACUGUUGAUUCCCAGACCGGCGGGCGAGACGAGACCAAGCUUGCGAUCAAACACUCCUGGGAGAAGCUCCUCCUCAGCCCAAAGACAGUCACCGACACGAUCCUAUAUCACCUCUCUCUCUCUCCCGCCCCUCAACCCCUCAUCCCAUACCCACCUUUCAACUUUUUCCGUGCUCUGGACCAGCCUCCAAAGCACCUUGUACACCUCCCGCUUACUUAUAGGUUUGCGAUGUUUGUGAGGGAUACUCCUCUGGGGUGGGGCUAUAUCGAGCCUGCGGCGAGGAGAAAAUAUGGAUUGGUGGGCAGGGCUUGA